GGGACGCUUCCUUAAAAUACCUAGUUUAAACAGUAUGUUUGCACUUAAGCACUUUAUAUGUUCAUAAUCCUGGUAAUCACAAGGACACAUGGAUCCAAGGAAUUGAUAGUAUUUGAGAAUCAGCUGCAAUAUCUUGUAAAAGGAGAAACAGGGUCGGUCGUCUUACUCAGGUUUAUCCUAACAAUUAGCAGCAAGCCUUCCUUCCUCUAACCCAGCUAUGGAAGAUAACCGUGACGAUCUUACCAGAGAUUUUUGUCUCUUGACCUUUAGUAGAAGGUUGGGUUCCAGUGGAGUGGGGAGGCUUUCUCCCAUGAGAUAUGCCUUGUCUCGUCAUUUUAUACUCAUUUAAGAGAGAGGCCUUUGUUACCUAAACUUGGCGAAUAUACUCUGAACCCACAAAAUUAUUUCUGGACAGUCCCUCUUUUGCUAGUCUCACAUAAGCUGUUUUGGUUUUGGGGGGAGUGAUAGGAAUCCUACAGACGUGAAAAGGCUUAGAUCUAGUACUAAAAUGCACAUAUGCUGUAGAUCUUUAUUUGGUGCUAGCUUAAUAUCUUCUAUAUACUCUGGAUAUGAGUUAUUUCAUAUACCUUUGAGAAAUACUCAGACACACUUGAGAAAAGACCAUAAGGCAGAAGUAUGUAGCCAGAAAGUAUCAGCUGACCUUUCAUUUCACUGUCAUUAAAAAGCUUUUAUAGAGGUUUGCAUUGUUUUCUCCAAAAGCAUUUGUUGUUUGAGUUGGUCAUUUUGACAGUUAACUGUCAGUUAUGACCUGCAUUUCCAGUCUCACCUUCAUUAUUUCUGUCUGGGUUUAAGUGCUUGGAGUGUAACUUACAAGUGUUUCUCUUCAACACAGGCAUUGAUCCUUUGCCAAUGAAUGGUUGAGAGAGGUGGGCAUGACUGAUUUCUAAUUGUGGUUUGAAAAGAGGUUGAUUUGAUGAACUGGAAAGUGUGGAACCUAUUCUAGUUGCUUCUGUUGCAAAGAAAGGUCUCUUCAGGCCACUGUGGGAAGUGGAUGGGAGGUUUGUUCUUGAUGCCCAGGGAGUAUCUUUGCCUGACAAGUCGAGUUCACACCAGAGUUGGGUAAGGAAGGCUGGGUUGAAAUUUAAAUUUCUAUUGGUUGUCAGGACAGAGUUGAUGGAUUUUGUGUGUAUGUGUAUGUAUAUGUAUAUGUAUAUAUGUGUGUGUGUGUGUGUGUGUGUGUGUGUGUGUAUACAAAUAUAUGUAUAAAAUGGAGUGAAAAAGUGACGCAAACAGAUCCUGGGUAGCGUUAGGAGAGCUAAAUCAGUACGUACAUUAUUUACACAUAGAGCCGUAGGUUCAGAUUAUUCUCCGGCGUUUUAAGGAAAAUAUCUUUCUCCUAGGUUUCACAUCCUUUCUUUCUUCCCCCCCCCCCCCACCUCUUUCUUACCUGCCUUUUACGAUUGCCCAGAAGCCGCUCUUCCAGAAGUGGAAGUGGGGAAGACCUAGAAAAAGGGGCGAAGGAGAAUGGAACAAGUAGCCAGCAGUCCUCGCUGCACCAGAGGAAGUGUUACCCCUGAGGGCAGCUGGGUUAAGGCAGCGAGAAUUUUAAUCAUAAAGAUGAUUUUGGACCAAACCCAAACUCAUGCAGGGCAUGAAGAGAAAUAUUCAAAGGGAGCCCACAAUACUGGAAGCAAAGGGACACGGGAGGAAAGACCAGGAGCGCACAGUUUGCUUCCAGUCAGAGAUCCCCUCAUGCUUCCGGGCUGAGGAAAAGGCCACCUUCCCGGUAGCAACACUAAAGAUACCAGUUAAAACCGAAGCUGGACUGAGGCCCUUUCUCAAAAGAGCAGACUUUCAGCUCAGUCUGAGUUUUUAUGUGGUUGAUAAGAUUUUUAAGUGGGGAAGAAAAAAAGUCGGUUCAGUGGUCAACGGUAUUCUUUCUCUCUCUCUUUUUUUUUUUUAAACAUCACCCACACAAAUUCUCAGUCGGAAAGAUUACCUCCCCAUGUCGAAUGCAAGGAAGAAAUUUCUUAGUUAAUAGGUAUCUUUAAACCCAGCUGAAAUCUUAGCCCAUUAAAGAGUCCUUGGCGCUCUCCAUUCUUAAUAUGUACGAGGAACGUGACCUCUGAUGGUAAGAUCAGUAGCCCGAAGAACAGAAUCGAUACUUUGGGCUCCUUUUUGAAUUUCAUUACAAUUCUUAGCAAGCACUUGGUUAUUUUUUUUUCCUCCUGGCCAAGUGUAUUUCAGGAAUGUGCUUGUCUAGACCUAUGAUGGCUGAGGUUUCCUAGGUGCAUCUUGUGACUUGAAUACAGAAUUUUGAUGAGAUCUGCAUAGAGAGAUCAGGAAAUCUCUUCGCUAAAGUACUCAUUAGGUCUGGUUGACUAAGUAGAGCUGAUCCAGGAGCAGGCAAAUUGCUUCCGAGAGACUCAGUCCAGAAAAACAGCUCUGUAGCAGACAGCUUUUGACACCACAGUAUAUUCUGGGUAGCUGCUCUGCAGUAAUGCAGCCCUGUCUUUCUGGGCAGUGUUGUUAUUCCUGCUGCAUAAUUAGCAACUAGUGAGAUCAUAGUCUGGGGAGAUUCUGGCAUUACUGAGGCAAAGCAGGGAGGCUUCGUAUCGUCACAUGUGGCUCCGGCUCUGACAGCAUUUCUGUUUCGAGCAGAUUCAUAUUCUUGGGAACUUAGGUCCAAAGAUGGAGAAGGAGAGAGAUCUGUACCUGGGAAAUGGACUAUCCCUCGUGUGGCACGUUGAAAACACUGCCUGCCGUAUUGACUUUACCAGAGUCAAUUGUCACUUCUCUUGCUAUUUGUUUUCCCCUCGCUGGUUUCUUUACAGGGGGCUAAGAUUGUAAAGCUAAGUUUUCCUCGCACAGGGGAUGAUGACAGACCGGCCGAGCCCUAUUUUAUGGAGCUAUAUGAGAUCGGAAAAGCUUCUGGGUUUCGAAGGCAGUGCAGAUUCUAAUCUUCAGUCCAUUCUUUACAACCACAUUUGAUCUUUGUAGGAGGCCGGUGAGAAUCUUCACCCUUGUGAAGAUCUAGAAUCCUAAUGCGCCCGGCUGACUGGUGGUGAGCAGGGGCUUUGGGGCCAACGCCGUGGGCUCCCCAAGGAAACCCCUUUGAAACCAAUGGAUGCAUUCACGGGCUCGGGUCUCAAGAGGAAGUUUGAUGAUGUGGAUGUGGGCUCAUCAGUUUCCAACUCCGAUGAUGAGAUCUCCAGCAGUGACAGUGCUGACAGCUGUGACAGUCUCAAUCCUCCUACAACUGCCAGCUUCACGCCCACAUCCAUCCUCAAGCGGCAGAAGCAGCUGCGGAGGAAGAAUGUGCGCUUUGACCAGGUGACCGUUUACUACUUUGCCCGACGCCAAGGCUUCACGAGUGUGCCCAGCCAGGGUGGGAGCUCUCUGGGCAUGGCCCAGCGCCAUAACUCCGUGCGCAGCUACACGCUCUGUGAGUUUGCUCAGGAGCAGGAGGUGAACCAUCGGGAGAUUCUUCGUGAACACCUGAAGGAGGAGAAGCUCCAUGCCAAGAAGAUGAAGCUGACCAAGAAUGGGACGGUGGAGUCAGUGGAGGCCGACGGCCUGACCCUGGAUGAUGUUUCAGAUGAAGAUAUUGACGUGGAAAACGUGGAGGUGGAUGAUUACUUCUUCCUGCAGCCCCUGCCCACCAAGCGGCGCCGAGCCUUGCUGAGGGCUUCGGGGGUCCACCGCAUCGAUGCCGAAGAGAAACAGGAGCUUAGAGCCAUCCGCCUGUCACGGGAAGAGUGUGGUUGCGACUGUCGCCUGUACUGUGACCCAGAAGCCUGUGCCUGUAGUCAGGCUGGGAUUAAAUGCCAGGUGGAUCGCAUGUCCUUUCCGUGCGGUUGUUCCCGGGAUGGCUGCGGGAACAUGGCGGGGCGCAUUGAAUUUAAUCCGAUCCGGGUCCGGACUCAUUACCUCCACACCAUCAUGAAGCUGGAGCUGGAGAGCAAGCGGCAGGUGAGCCGCCCGCCAGCCCCGGACGAGGAGCCCUCACCCGCCGCUGGUUGCAGCCUGACGGGAGCCCAGGGCUCCGAGACACAGGACUUCCAGGAGUUCAUUGCUGAGAACGAGACAGCGGUCAUGCACCUGCAGAGUGCAGAGGAACUGGAGCGGCUCAAGGCAGAGGAAGACUCCAGCGGCUCUAGCGCCAGCCUGGACUCCAGCAUCGAGAGCCUGGGCGUGUGCAUCCUGGAGGAGCCUCUGGCCGUGCCCGAAGAGCUGUGCCCGGGCCUCACAGCCCCCAUCCUCAUCCAGGCUCAGCUGCCCCCGGGCUCCUCCGUCCUGUGUUUCGCCGAGAACUCAGACCACCCGGCCGCCUCGGCAGUGAACAGCCCGUCCUACUUGAACGGUGGGCCCCUGGUCUACUAUCAGGUGGAGCAGAGGCCAGUCCUGGGGGUGAAAGGAGAGCCUAGCGCAGAAGACGUCCCGCCUUCUUUCCCCAAGGAGAAGGAUCUGAAUGUCUUCUCUCUCCCGGUUACCUCACUGGUGGCUUGUAGCCCCACAGACCCAGCUGCCCUGUGUAAGUCAGAAGUGGGGAAAGCGUCCACCCUAGAGGCGCUAGUGCCCGAAGGCUGUAACCCUGACGAGCCUGAGAGCGAAGACUUCCGCCCCUCUUGGUCCCCCUCGAGCCUCCCCUUCCGCACGGACCAUGAAGAGGGCCGUGCGAUGGAGAAAACCUCACAGCAGAGUGAGGACAGGCCCCCCGAAGAUUCUUCCCUAGAACUCCCUCUGGCAGUGUGAGCUGGGGAUGGAGAUUCUGCCUCUGACCCAUUCUCUAUUUAUUCCCUUAUUUUAUCUAACACCGUUUCAAAACAAAACUGUAGAAGCAGCUGCUACGCCCAUGUUAUUUUAUUGGGGUCUUGGGGGGAUGGGUGGGAAAGAAUCGUUUGUACGAGUAUUUUUUAAAGGGUAAACAGAACCAAGGAGACCGGUCCCAGCUGGAUGUGGGGAGAGUCUCGGGGCAGAGGAGGCCGCACAGUGCUGAAUACUGAGCUUUCUGGGCCGUUGGAACAAAGAACGAGGAUCUCACAGGAGAAGCUGGGUAAUUCGAGCAGCUAUUCUUUAUGUAGGGACCAGAACGCAAUAAUUUGAACAGCGUGGCAAAGCUCCCUUCUUUCCUGAGCUCCAGGUGGGGAAGAAGCUCAAGUUUUCUCAUCGGUCACCCUGAUACCCCACUUUGGUGCAUAACGCAGUUGGAGUACCAUCUGGCCAGAUCUAGAGAGGAACGGGUAGAAGGGUCUCUGCUUCUGUAGAAAACCUCCAGAAUUUAGAAAAACUUAACCUGCCUUCCCUGGCCCCCCGUUUGGUAAAUUUUUAAGUUAAUAUUUGACACGUUUGGUGUCCUCCGACCUGUUCCCCACACUGGGGAUUCCUGGUCUGUAACUUGAAUUCUUUCUUUCACAUGUUCUUAGGUACUAGAGUUAAACUUGCCUAUUUGUCUCCCCCGCCCCCUUUCUUUUUCCCUUGAAGAGAAAGCUAGAUUGGCUGGGGAUGUGGCCUAAAGAGCCUGAGGCUUGUGCCUGUGUAAUGCCGGCUCCGUCAGGCAGCUUCAGGCCGGGGCUCACACGUCCCACAGGAGGCAUAUAUGGAGCAUUGCCUGUGUCCGAAAGAGGCAGCAGGAAAAGGCUGCUGUCUGCAAAGAAGUGGACUUGAUCUGUGCCAUGCUUGCUUUUUCACCCAGGUUCCUCCCGCCCCGCUCUGGGAGGUUUGAGCUUUAAAGGAAUGCAGGACGUGGCAAUCUAAAGUCACCAACUAGUUUUUGUCCUUUUCUUUCUGUACUACCCUUGUGGUCCUUGGAUAUACAGGGUUAAGAGAGUUUUGCUAUUCCAGUCCCCCCCGCCCUGACAACUGCAAAUGUUUAUUGGAUCCCUCCAACUUGAUACAUAAAAAUUGGAAGCCAAACGAAUUCUUAAUUGCUACACACAGCUCCCAGGUUCCAGAAUGAUAUAUUAUGGGACCUUCCCACAGUUCUCUUUGCGUCCAUUUUAAAAUGGAGUCAGUAGGGAGCAAAAAACACUCUCCACUAGCAUCCUUUACAUCACACUUCACUUCUGGUAUGGUUUAUUGACCAAGAAAGAACAAGUGGAAAACUGUUUGCUUUUGGUGGGGAGAGAACUCUUCCUACUUACCUUGCUCACAUAGCCUUUUCUUGUGGGACGUGAACGCACUCUUUAUGUAUGUCACAGCAACAUUUCACCUAGAAAAUCUCUAAACUGAGCCUGUGAGGCCUUGUACUUAAACGGAUACGUCUUUUAACCCAGUCUGCCUCUCCAGUUCAUUCCUGGUUUUGCUUGGUUUUACAUUUGGAGGGGAGUUCUUCAGUACAAGACCUUGUCCCUCCCCAUCCUCUAGCCUCACAAGAGAGUCUUAAGCACCCGAGAUGUAGACACUAUCCCAAGCCAAGCCACACUCCCCCACGAUCGGCCAUCCCCUUGAAUAGAAGGCUGAAGCUUAAACUGCAAACUUUCUUCCUGAAAGCUUAUAUUGGGAGGGGAGCGUGGGCUCUAAACAUUCCCUCCUUAGGAAGGCUCCAGCCUCACCUUUGGAAGUGGAUUCCACCUGCUUGGUAAGAGACACUUUAGCCUUUGGGGUCAAGCCAAGAAUUGGAAUCUCAUUAUUAAACUCAUUGCCAGCCCCCAAGAGAUUUGAUUUUUCUGAAAAACUAGUUUCUUAAUCCAAGUCCGUCCCUCCAGGAACAACACUUCUGGCUCCCGCCGAUCCCGAGUUUUUAAAUGCUGAAAUAUUAACACUGAGCAUUAACUGUCUUGUUAAGCAAAGGGCCUUUUCUACAACCUAGUCCAUCUCGUUUCUGGUGCUACCUGAGCUGGAUACAGUUCUCGCUCAUGGUUGCUAGAAAAGCUAAGCCUAGGCCUCUGAUCACAGGACCGUACGGCUUCAGUCCCACUCAGUCUAGGCCUAGAUAAAAGAAAUCUCUUAUUACUGCAACUCUUAAGAUUUUCCAGUUUCCUUUCUCAUAUACUGUACACAGGUAGUAUUUUCAAUGUGAAUCCAAAGCUUGUCUGGUUCUCUGAAAACAUUUUUUUUUUUUUUUUUUUUUUUUUUUUUUGCCUUUUAGGUCCUUUACAUUGUGAUAAUGCUGUA